GGGGUAAACAAUCUAGCCGUUGAUAUGCACCGUGCUCAGGAUCAAAUUUUGAACCUAUUUUGACAUUCAUUUAGACAGGGAAGAAGACUCUGCCCAAAACUCUUGAUAUCAUAGGUAGCAGUGUCCAUCUGUCCAAUAUGGAUUAUAAUAUCACCAUUCCUGAAUACUCCCAAGAUCUGUCAAAACACAUGUACCGGUUACAGCAGUCUGGUCUGUUUUGUGAUGCAUGGCUAGUGUGUAAAGAUGGGGUAGUCUUUGUUCAUAAACUGGUACUGGUGGCAUGUGGCAGUGCUUACCUUCUGCAGCAGCUCUCAACAGAUACCAGUUCUAAUACACAAUGUCAAGUUUUCUUGAAAGAUUACUCGUUGAAAACUGUUUAUGAUUUAGUACAAGCUCUGUAUACAGGAAGUUUUACCUUAAAUCAUGAGCGGGCAUUUGAUUUAUUGAAUCUUUGCACCUUUUUGGAUGUGAGUAUAUUUACAACUUCUGUUCAAGGCGUUGUGAACAGUGAUGCCAAUCUGAAACAGCAACGUGAGGAGAGACAAAAAAGCAACAACAGGAAUAGUAUAUUUUAUGACGUAGAAAUUGCCCAAGACUCUUUCUCUGCUCCUCUAAAGAUACCUAUGAAGCUUCUGGAAGAUAACGUUAUUUUGGAAAGAAUAGAGGACAGUACUAUCAAUAUUAAAGGUCAAAGUUCUCAACCUUGUAGAGCAAUUUCAAAGAGGACUUGGACAUCCACUUUGAAUUCAGAUUGUGUAGACAAUAACAAGAGAAAAACCAAUGUAGAUUUAUCUAAUACCAUGACUACUGACAGCAACAAUACUCAAGUUCAAAGUUCUCAAUCUAGUGGAGCAAUUUCAAUGAGGACGUUGACAUCCAUUUUGAAUUCAAAUUGUGUAGACAAUAAUAAGAGAAAAAACAAUGUAGAUUUAUCAAAUACCAUGACUACUGACAGCAACAAUACUCAAGUUCAAAGUUCUCAAUCUAGUUUAGCAAUUUCAAUGAGGACGUUGACAUCCAUUUUGAAUUCAAAUUGUGUAGACAAUAAUAAGAGAAAAACCAAUGUAGAUUUAUCUAAAUCUGACAGUGGCAUUCCUAAAAAACUGGCAAGAGUUUCAGAACAAUCAAAGAAUGAUGUUCAAACAAGGUCAGAAAUUUGUUCACAAAAGAUAAAAGUAGAAAAAGAAAAACCCAAGAUUGUUAAACACACAGAAGAUAAAGAUAGCCCAGAUAGUACCAUACAGAGUAAUCAUACAUUUGAAGUAAAAGAUAAGAAAAGGGUGUCGAAAAAAACUGAAAGACUGUCAGCAAUUUCUGGCCUGAUAUAUGAGGCAGAUGAAAAUAGUAGCGAAGAAACCAUUACUGAUAUAGAUGGAAAUAGUAGCGAAGCAACAAUUACUGAUAUAGAUGAAAAUAGUAGCGAUGGCUCUAUUAUUGAGUUACAAUUAGAUAAAUCAAUAAGUAAAGGUAGUUCAGAAAAGUCAAAACCUUUACCAGGAGACAAUGUUGAUUCAGAAAAAUCAAAAACUUUACCAACAACAAGGGAUAGUUCAGAAAAAUCAAAAACUUUACCAACAACAAGGGAUAGUUCAGAAAAGUCAAAAACUUUAUCAACCAGCAUGGGAAGUUCAGAAAAACAAAAACCUUUAACAAAAAGCAAAAGUAUUUCAGAAAAAUCAAAAACAUUACCAACAUGUACAAGUAAAGGAAGUUUAGAAAAAUCGAAAAAUUUAUCAACAAGCGUGGAUAGUUCAGAAAUAUCGAAAGCUUUAACAAAUAGCAUGAGUAGUUCAAAACAUUCAAAAACUUUACCAACAAACAAAGGCCAGGGUAUUUUAGUUAAAACUGAAAGACAAGGGUGGAAAUGUCAACUUUGUCAGAAAGUUUCAAAAGAUUUUGUUGAAAAUGAAGAUGGGCAGCACAUAUGUACAGGUUGUGAUAGUCUUUUUUCUGGUGAAGAUAAUCAAACAGAUGGUGGAGCUAAUCAGAUAGAUGGGGAAGACAAUCAGACAGAUGGUGGAGCUAAUCAGACAGAAGGGGAAGACAAUCCAACAGAAGGGGAAGACAAUCCAACAGAAGGGGAAGACAAUCCAACAGAAGGGGAAGACAAUCAGACAGAUGACCAAGAAAAUAUGGGAAAAGUAUCAGAAAUAAAAAAAGAGAAAAAGGAAUUACAUAGUGGAAAGGUUAUGCAGUAUGAUUAUCAAUCAUUAGUGGACGCUUAUUAUGCAGUGAAGGAGGGAGGAAUGUCCAUUCAGGCAGCCUGCAAACAUUUUUGUGUUACCAAGUUAGCACUCCAACGAAGAGUAAGCGGGAAAAUAAGUAUAGAUAUCAAUCCACAUGAUACUCUAAUUACUGAAGGUAUACAUCGUAAGCGUAAUAAAAAAUAUCGAUCUUAUAGUACGUCAGCAAUGGCAACAGCUUAUAAAGCUGUAGUAGAGGACAAGGUUUCUAUGCGUUCAGCAUCAAAGUUACAUGGUGUACCAUUCACGACUCUUAUGGAUAGGGUGAAUGGUAGAAUAGACCCUGAUUGUACUACAAGUGGCAACGGACCUUUCUUUCCCAUAGAUAAAGAAAGCAGGUUGGUGACUCACUUGAUAGAAAUGGGUGAACUUGGGUAUGGAUAUUAUCGUCAGGAUGUGGUGGACAUAGCUAUGGACUAUGCAAUUGCACUUGAUCUGAAAACCAAGAAGGAUAAACCCUUGACUCUGACCUGGUACUCAGGGAUGAUUAAACGAUGGCCAGAUUUUAAAAUUGUAAAAUUAAAGGCUUUAGAAGUUGUUAAAGCAAAUAAUGCCAACAAAGAGACCAUUUCUAAGUACUUUAAUCAACUUGAAAAAGCUUUACUUAAAUACAAUCUCAUAGACAAACCUCAUUUAAUUUACAAUGUUGAUGAGAAAAGUGUUGCCAUUUCAGGAAAAGGUGAAAUAGUCACAAUUUUGGGUUGUGGAAAUGCAGCUGGUAGUGCGUUGCCUCCUUUCUUUAUCUUACCUGUACAGAAAGUGAAUGAACAGCUGCUGGAGGGGUCUUCACCAGGAUCUGUUGUCACAUUCUCUAAAACUGGAGAGUCUAAUUCAGACAUUUUUAUGGAUUUUCUCCGCAAUCAUUUCAUGAAGAUAGUCCCAGAUAAUGAACUUGUGUUGUUGUUGUUAGAUGGACACGCAUCUCAUAUCCCUGUAAGCACAUUUGAAUGGGCAAGGAAUCAUAAUAUUAUACUCCAGUUAAUACCAGCACUCACCAGCCAUUUUUUACAACCACUAGAUGUAGGUUGUUAUGGCCUUCUUAAAGAUAUUUACAACAGUCUGUGUCAUAAAACUAUCAGAACGAAAAACUGUGCACUAGAUCAUAAUGAUGUUUGUCCCAUGGUAUGCAAAGCUUACAAAGAUGCAUUAUCAACUAGUAAUUUGCAGUCGGCUUUUAGAAAAACAGGAAUAUAUCCAUUCACCAAAGAUGUCAUGGAGUUGCCACUAGAACCAUCUGAAGCAUUAUGCCUCACUGACUCUGAAAGCAUUGAAGAAAGCCAGGUUGAGAAUGUUAUUGACUUACAUUUACUAAAUGAAGACAAUAGCUUAUCAGAAGCAGAAAUUGUAAAUGAGAGAAAUCAUGUUACUGAUAUCUAAGAAUGUUUGGAGAUGAGGCUACUAAUACCAGAUUUGAUUUAUUAGAUGAGUGGUCAAGGUUAAGGGUAAGGUUUCAGGAUUUGAUCUGCUAUUCACACAGUCAAAUCUAUGCUAUAGUUAGAUGGGCACUUAUAUUUGGUGUAUGCAAUUGUCUACAUUUUGAUAUCUUUUUUUCAAUUUUUUUUACCAUGACAAUUGUUACAAAUGUUGAAUUAUUUUAUUUACGGUUGGUUUCACAAUUACAAUAAGCAAUAGGUCACCUUUAUACAAUUUAGAAAUUGAAUGAGUAAUGUUUACUCUAUCUACAUGGAUUACUAAAACGUAGACUUUAUUUUCUAUGUUUGCUGUGGAUUUAUAUAUUUUUAGGGGUACCAAUUUUCAUGGAUACAGGAAACUUACAUGUUUAUGGAAAUUCAAUUUAUUGUUUUUUUUCUGAAUUCUCCAUACAACAUUUGUAUAAGCCUAUAGAAAAUUUUGUGAUUCAUCCAUAUGCAUGAAAUCCACGAAAAAUUGGUAUCCCACAAAAAAUAAUGAAUCCACAGUUUAGAUCUGUUUCAAAGAAAUAUUCCAGCUAUAUUGGGGUUUUUAAAAAUGAUUAAAUUGAA